AUGGUUAAUUUAACGGGAGUCAACCUCUGCCCCCCGCCAUUUAUCGACUCGAAUCUUUACCUACACAGUCAAGGAUACGUCGAUGGCCGGUUAUGUCAAAGGAUUGCAGAAGACUUAAAAUGUUGCCUUCCAUGCCCUAUGACCGACUGGAUAUACCCAGAUAGCUUCGAUACCAUGACGGUGGUGGCCAACUGGAUAGCAGCAGUGAGCACGAUAUGCUGCGUGUAUCUCCUUGCGUCUUGGGCAGCCCUUCCUGUGGACAAGACAAACAGACAUUAUUUGAGUGUCUGCUUCACUUUUGGCGUCCUACUAAUGAAUCUUGGAUUCGUGGUCCCUCUGGCUGCUCAACCGGAUCAGUGCUACGAUAAGAUCACUCCACAUAGCAUGUCAAGUAGCAAGGUGUGCGGUGCGUCUGGCAGCCUUCUCAUUCUAGGAGGUUGGUGUGGCGUCAUGUGGGCAUUCUUGCGAUCACUGUCGCUGCAUCUCCAAAUUUGUUGGCAGGUUCUGGUGGGACGAAGCUUCAUGAUCUUUGCCCAGGCUGCCGGUUGGGGUGUUCCCUUACUCGGCAUCACCUUGGCUCUCGUCUUUAGUGGUGUCUCUUUUCGAUUCGGUCAAACGUGUCACAUCAACCACAAGAACAGUCUCGCGGAUUUGUGGAUUCCUCUCCUCAUAUUCGCGGGGGCAACCGUGAUCCUUACCUUUGCGACAUUUGGUUACUGCGUCAAAGUCUACCUGGCCUCCUUAUACGACAACUCUGCCUCGACUGAGGGAUCAAGUCUCCCUGCGUACACCAAUAGCGUCAGAACAGUGUCCCCUCGCCAAGCUUACCGUCGUGUGAAACGUGUUAUCGCUUUGCAGUGGCGCGGUAUUGCCAUUGUCUUGAUCAUCAUUGCUGAUGUCAUAUUCUUUUCGGUCAUCUUCGUGUUCCAAGACAACGUCGUGCAAUCAGUGACCAAUGACCCUCGCGUGGCUCAAGAUUGGGUAACGUGCUUGAUUGGCGCUGGGGGUGACAAGAACAAGUGUCUCAACUAUGCGGGUUCCAUUGUGGUCAACGAAGCCACUGUAACGGCUGUGUUACUUUUACUAGGGUUGAACGGUAUUUGGCUCUUAUUCUUAUUGGGCCGCAUCUCCAUGUUCACGGCCUGGUACGAUUUGUUCAAAUCAUUCCUACCAGGCAGUCGCCGACAGAAAGAGUUUGUAUCUGUGGAUGCUCGUUAUGAGGCUAAGAAAGAUGCACGCAAUUCACGUUCGUACGAAAUGCUCUCCAGGGAUUCUAGCGCUGUGGUAACACCACUUUCUCCAGUGAAAUCGCCGCCACCGGGGCGACGAACCCCCGACUACUUUGGGCAGACGGCACGAUAUCACGCUCCUGCGAGAUCGUUCUCGAGCCCGCGACCGCCGCAGACAGCUUCCUGGGACCCCCAGCAAACCUUUGCGCAACCCGAGCGCCCAGAAUAUCAUCAGGAUAUGAACCCGCUAGGCAUGAACAGAAUUUAA